GGUAUUAGAAGUUUCGAUUACGAACGAAAAAACUAAUAAUCUCAUCAUGCCUCCUAAAGCUAGUGGAAAAGCUGUGAAAAAGGCUGGUAAAGCUCAGAAAAAUAUCAGUAAAACUGAUAAGAAGAAGAAGCGUAAGAGGAAGGAAAGCUACGCUAUCUAUAUUUACAAAGUGCUCAAACAAGUACAUCCGGAUACUGGAAUUUCUAGUAAAGCUAUGAGUAUCAUGAAUAGUUUCGUCAACGACGUUUUCGAACGCAUUGCAGCGGAAGCUUCAAGAUUGGCUCACUACAACAAACGUUCAACAAUCACUUCUCGGGAAAUUCAAACUGCGGUGCGUUUGUUACUACCUGGUGAGCUCGCUAAACACGCUGUUAGUGAAGGUACUAAAGCUGUGACUAAAUAUACGAGCUCAAAGUAAUUGAUAUCAAUCAACCUUUUAACCCCGGCCCUUUUUAGGGCCACCAAAAAUUUUAAUACGUUGAAUUAACUAAAGAUUCAGCAUAUCAUAAGCUAAUAAACCUAUUGGAUUGUUACAAAUAAAUUUAUUUAUUGAAUAAAUAAUGUUCAAGUAAUAGAUUAGUAAAUAUCAAGA